AUGACCGCCCGCUUGGUCCUCUUCCGCAAACUCCUGACGCCUGGCAAGAUCGGCCAAACCCUUUGCCUCGGCAACCUGACUGAUCGCGAGACCUAUGACUUCCUUCGUGAUGUAGCCCCAGACCUGCAGAUGGUCAAGGGCGAUUUUGAUGUCGAUUCGCCCAAUCUCCCUCUCUCUAAGAUCGUCACCCAUGGCAGUCUGCGGAUCGGCUUCACCCACGGCCAUACGAUUGUUCCACCCGCCGAUGCCGAUGCGCUGCUGAUUGCGGCCCGCCAGAUGGAUGUGGACGUACUACUGUGGGGUGGCACACAUCGCUUUGAGGCAUUUGAGAUGGAGGGUCGCUUCUUCAUCAACCCGGGAAGUGCGACUGGGGCGAUGAGCUCGGGCUUCUGGCCAGACAACGAGGAGCCUACUCCGAGCUUCUGUCUCAUGGACAUCCAAGGUGACGUUCUUGUGCUGUACGUCUAUCAGCUGAAGACCGAUGCCAAUGGGGUGGAGAAUGUCGCCGUUGAGAAAGUCUCCUUCCGCAAGAACCACUCCCCUGCCGCAUAA